AUGAUGAAAAUGAAAAAGAAAGAAAAUAAUCUAGGAGUAAAAGUGGCUACUCCGCCUAACCCGGGCCCGACCAGCCCGACAACACCCCCUCCUAUCCCAACACCACCACCUCUCCCAACUCCUUUCUCAAUCCCGCCGAAGGAUUUGCUUUCCUCUACUUCCCAGACCCACGUCCCUCUAUCCCCUGCAAACCCUUCAACCCCCUCUCCUCAACCAUCCACUCCUUCUCAUACGUUGGAGAAUGAAGGCUUCGUUCCUGUUGCUGGGAAAAGAAAAGAAUUCCCACCAACUCGCCAAAGAGUGAAACAAGAAUGUACCUGUGUCUCCUUUGUCACCGGCACAAAAAAAGAGAAAAGAAGUAAUAGUAGAGAAGAAGGAAAAGAAAGAAAAGAAAAAGAAAUCGCAAAGUGGUGCCUCGUCGCCGUGUCUCGGGAUCAUGGGAAUUACUCUUCUCGCUGA